AUGGGCCACCACACGACGGUCCUGGGCCCCAAGGAUCACAUGAAUUCGGCCGGCGACACCACGGACACCACCACGGACACGGAGGACCCUCUCCUCCUCCUCCUCCCGCCGGCGGGCCGCCCGCAGAAUUUCAGCAGGGCUUCCAUGCCCAGCGCCAGGGCGGUCGCGGUCGCGGCGGCCGCCAUCACGGUCACCACCACCAAGGACCUCCGGGGCCGCAGCAGGGUGGCUCCCCAGAGUCGUCUUUCGGCCAGUCUGAGUUUGGCGGGAGGGGAGGCCGCGGGCAUGGCCGUGGGCAUGGGCACGGGCCUAGACAUGGGCCUGGACUCCAGGGGCAUCAUGGCCACCACCGCAGAGAACACAUGGGACAACGUGGAGGAGUUCAACAACUUGAAGGGCCUCCGCAUGAAGGGUCUCAGCAUGAAGGAUCUCGGCAUGAAGGGUCUCAGCAUGAAGGAUCUCAACAUGAAGGAUCUCAGCAUGAAGGGCCUCAAUAAGAGUGUCUCUCUGCCCUGCAGGAUUAGGGCUCUCCACUUGCAGUCAGUCAAGGAGUGCAUCUGUCAAAGGAGUUAUGGGGAACAGACGGGUAUCGUGAUAAAUUAG